AUGUAUUUUCAAAAGUUUAAUGAGAGGGUUCAUAACCCGACUCAUCAAAGACGACUUGUGCUAGUGACAGUUUGUAUAGCACUCUUACUGGAUAAUAUGUUAUACAUGGUCAUAGUUCCAAUUAUACCAAAUUAUUUAAGAACUUUAAAUGGUGUAAGUUAUGGAAACUGUGAAUGGAAGAAGAAGUUACCUCCUCCUCCUAUCAACUACGGAAACGAAGGUGGUGCUAUAGGAGUACUGUUUGCUUCCAAAGCUAUACUUCAGCUCAUGGUGAAUCCGUUUACUGGACAUUUGAUUGACAGAAUCGGAUAUGACUACCCAAUGAUGAUCGGAUUGAUUAUCAUGUUCUUCUCCACAUCAGUUUUUGCUUUUGGGGAGAGUUAUUUUGUACUGUUCUUUGCUCGAAGUUUACAAGGCGUUGGAUCUGCCUUUGCGGACACCUCCGGUUUAGCCAUGAUUGCUGAUCGUUAUACGGAAGAGGCUGAACGGUCUAAAGCUCUUGGUAUAGCUUUGGCCUUUAUUUCAUUUGGAUGUCUAUUCGCUCCGCCUUUCGGGGGAAUAUUGUACGAAUUCGCGGGAAAACUCGUACCAUUUCUCCUGUUAGCUUUUCUUUGCUUAGUUGAUGGAAUACUUUUAUUAUUUGUGAUGAAACCUGUCCGGAAAGAACGUGACAUGAUACCAAAUGAAGAGCGUCCUAAAGGUACACCGAUACAUCGAUUGCUUCUGGAUCCUUAUAUUGCUGUGGUGGCGGGUGCUUUGGCAAUGGCUAAUGUUUCAUUGGCUUUCUUAGAACCAACUAUCUCUUUAUGGAUGAAAGAUACGAUGAAAGCUGACGACUGGGCUAUUGGAUUUGUUUGGCUACCGGCGUUCAUUCCACAUCUUUGUGGGGUCUAUCUAACUGUUAAGCUAGCUAGGAAUUAUCCACACAAAACGUGGUUAAUGGGUGCUAUUGGAUUGGCUAUGGAGGGUACUUUCUGUCUGAUUUUACCAUUCAGUCAAUCCUACGGUGUUGUAAUUGUGCCAAUCAUGGGGAUAUGUUUUGGAAUUGCCUUGGUUGAUACAUCUCUUCUACCUACACUUGGAUAUCUAGUGGAUGUACGGUACGUUUCUGUCUAUGGGAGUGUUUACGCUAUAGCUGACAUUGCUUAUUCAGUUGCCUACGCUUUUGGUCCAAUUGUUGCUGGCUCUAUUGUCCAUGCGAUAGGCUUUUUGUGGUUGAAUAUCCUCAUUUUUAUUACGAAUAUUGGAUACGCUCCCAUCAUGAUUAUAUUAAGGCACAUUUAUGAAUACAAGCCAUUUGAGAAUGAAUGCGAUGUUUUAGUAGAUGACCCCCCAUCUAAAAAUUACAUGACUUGUAUUCAAAAUGGGAGCGUUGAUGGAAAGCCCUCAACUUUAGAGAAAGGGCAUGUUAACCAUUUGAAAAUAGGGAAGCAAAAAUCUUAUGAUAGUGAAGAACUUGACUGUUACCCACCCAAUGACUCUGGUUUCUUGUUCGAAAAACCAAGCUCUGGAUUUUAUCAACGUUGA